CGUGUCUUCAGUUCAAAAUGGCGGACGAAGAGUAGCAUUUCUGACAAAAUUUCUUGCGAUCUUCGAUUCACAAACGGAAAGGUUUAACAACUAUAAGGACAAAUAUGCUUCAUUGUCUAUAAAAUGAGGAGUAUUUGCCAUGUCUCUUUUGAAGAAAGGAGGAUAUACAACCUAUGUUACAAGCCAAACAGAAAACGACUCCCGGUCAGCCGAAAUACAAAAUGUUCCCUCCUCAAGGGUUUAUAUAUUUGGGAAUGAUGGCGCCGAUGAAGUUGGCAUUGAAGACUCAGCCGUGGAAAUGACAGAGCUGAGACCGAGGAGUAAAAACAAGAAGUCGUACGCGUCGACGAAAUCGGUGGCUCAGCAAUAUAAAAAGACUGAAACUAUUGAUCGUGAUAUUUUGCCUAAUGAUUCCCUUCAGAGUUUAUCGUUACAGUAUGGUUGUACGGUAAGCUCACGUUUAUAUUACGUUAUUGAUUUAUAACACUUAUACUUUCUUUUAUACUUAUUUCAUCUCUCAGUCUACAAAAAUUAUAGAAAAAUGAUCGAAUGUCUUUAAUGACCAUUUGAUCUUUAAUUCUAUGUUUUUUGUAAUAAAUGUUAGACUACAAGUGCGUCACUCAUUUUCCUCAAAGAGAAUUCGCGAGUGCGGUUGAAAAUCGCCACAUGCGGAGGGGAGAAAAUGAGGUACUUAAGACAAAGUCCAAACUUUUGACCCUCCUCACAAACGAAAGAUUCUAGACAGUAAAUAUCUGAUCAAAAUGAAUGAUUAUCACUCUGGACUUUUCUUCGGGCAUGUCUUUGAAAAAUUCCUUUCUACUUUCUGUCAAAUCUAUAGAGGUAGUGCUCAAAAUAUUUUUUGGAUGGCGACAGUACACGAUGACCGGUCAAAGAAAUUUUUGCUUGGAAAAAUCUCGUUCCUAACUGGUCAAAAUAUUGGGAAAAAAGUUACUGUAACUACUUGCAAUCCUUGUCAGGGCUGUCAUUAAGUGGUGGGGGCUGGGGACUUCCCCCAGCUACUUUCAUAGGAAAAUAGAAGAAAAAUAGAACCAAAAGAAAUCCUUAGCUGUUUGAUUCCCUGCCUACUUGUAUUUACCUGGCAACAAAUCUUAGUGACAGCCCUGGCUGUGUUUUUUUCUUGUUGAGAGCGUGAUUGAUUUUUUUGACCCACGCUUCCACCUGGAUUUCCAAAACUGCUUGAGGCCCCCCUCCCCUCAGGAUUUCCAAGUUCAAAGACCCCCACCCACUCAUCCGGAUUUCCAUAAAAUUGUUAGAUGCUGUAAUUUUAAUUCACACUCAAUUAUGUAGAAGAAUUCUUCUAGGCACUUAGAUAAUCUUUUUAUUAAAUAAGUCUCAAUUUUCCGUGAAUUCUGUGUUUGUUGUGAAAGUUAAGAUUACAUUUUUACAUCUUCUUAAACAGGCUUACACUUUUUGCAAAUGAGCUCCCAUUUGAGUAAGCCUCCCUUUUUUUCUAGACCAGGCAAAAUAUACAGCAAUAUACCACAAUAAAGCCCAAAACUAACUAUGUACUCGAAUAAAAGGUUUUCCUCUUAGUGGAUGAAAAAUGACUGCGAAACAAAGAAAAAGGACACUUAGUGGGUUAUUGCAUAAUGCGCUAUACUACUAGUCACUGCACGUGCCUUUCAAAAAUGGCUGCGGGACAAUCACAAACAACCACACUUACUUGUAUGACAGGUUUGGCAGUAAAUCAUCCUGAAAUAGCUUUGACCUUGGAAAAAUGUAGAAAUCAUUGUUUGCUUUACUUGAAUCGAGCACUUUUUUAUGAACUAUGCGAUUUUUCUCGAUAUCUUCAAGUUAUCGCCUGUUGCUUCUACAUUUAAGUAAUGAAGGCGAGCCUAUGGAUGAAAGCUUUAAAAAAAAAUGUGGUAAGAAGUCUGUAGUUUGAAAGAAUGAUAAAAUUUGAAAACAUAAAGCAGUUUUUUCAAAACUUAUCAACUUCUAACUUAUUUUUUUCUGACAGGUAGCAGAAUUAAAGAGAACAAAUAACUUGUACAGUGAUCAAGACUUCUACGCAUUAAAGACUAUCAAAAUCCCAGUUCAACAACAUGGUUUGUUGACAGAAACUGCCGAUAAGAAGCGAAGGCCUCCACCUUUAAUAUUACCUGACAAAAGGCCAUCUUCAUCAGCAGAUAUUGAUAGUGAUGAUGAUAAGUCAGAUUAUGAUGAACCUAGUGCAGAUUUUGUCAGAACUGUCAGUAUUCGCUCGGCACUUGACUCCCCAAACAGCUUUUUACAACACAUGGACAAUGACCUCAAAAUGAUUUGCAAAUCCAUACCCUUGCGGAAGCAGAAUCUUGAUGAGGUUGCAAGGACGUUGACGGUUAAUUGCAUAAAUCCUAUAAAACUUAGAAAACAACAACAGGAGAAAGGCCUUGGAACUGCUUGUGGUGUUGGAUGGAAGGGAAUUAUAGUUGUUGUAUUUUUUGUUGGCAUAUUGCUGCCAGGACUAGUAGCUUUUUUAUACCUUAGAAAGAAAGACAGCUAA